AUUUUUGGUAGCUCUCUCGUGCAUUCUCUGAGAUGCCACACAGCACUGACGUGACUGGCGACGUGGACCAUAUUUUUUAUUAUGAAAAACUGUCAAAAUUAUUGUUAGAAGGCUCUUUUCUUUCGUUUUAUCUCUACUAGUUGCACUUAUACUACAAAAAACAUGAUCCUGUUGCUAAUUAUAGCAUUUCCAGUUCUACUGGCUAUGGUGCUGUUCAUGGCUCUUCGGCAAAAAGUUGAGAAUGUGCGCCAUUCCAAACUAACUCAUCUUUCUAAGCCAGGUCCAGAUGGGAAGAAACCCAUCACUAUUGGAUUCUUUCAUCCCUACUGUAAUGCUGGUGGAGGUGGAGAGAGGGUAUUAUGGUGUGCAAUCAGAGCUUUACAAACCAGAUAUCCUCAUAUUCAGUGUGUAGUGUACUCUGGAGACAUAGAUGCAACAGGGAAGGAGAUUGUAGAGAAAGCUAAGCAGAGAUUCAACCUUACCCUUCCCAGACCUGUAGAGUUUGUGUUCCUAACCAACCGAUUCCUUGUUGAAGCCAAGACCUACCCAUUCCUAACUCUUCUUGGGCAGAGCUUGGGUUCUAUGCUUCUAGGAAUGGAAGCCUUGUUCAAAUUUGUGCCUGAUGUGUACAUAGACACCAUGGGGUAUGCCUUCACAUUGCCCUUGUUUCGCUUUCUUGCAAAGUGCAGGGUCGGUUGCUAUGUCCACUACCCAACCAUCAGCACAGACAUGUUGUCAAGAGUAGCUGCAGGUACUGUUUCAUACAACAACCCAGGAUUUGUGGCACGCAACCCAGUACUCCGCAAGCUCAAGAUCCUAUAUUACAAGGCGUUUGCUUUCAUCUACGGACUAAUGGGUGCAAGAUCGGAUGUGGUCAUGGUGAACUCGUCUUGGACUCAUGGCCAUAUCAAUGAAAUCUGGGGAGCUUCCACUGGACCUAGCAUUGUUUAUCCACCAUGUGAUACCAAAGAAUUCACAAGUCUAAAAAUCAUUCCUGAUGAAGAGAAAACCACCAAAGUCAUUGCGUCGGUGGCGCAGUUUCGUCCUGAAAAAGACCACGCGCUGCAAGUGAAAUCCUUCUCCAAUUUAAUGAAUAAACUCUCGGUGGAUGAAAAGAGUGUGGUGAGACUGGAGCUGAUCGGGGGCUGUCGCAAUGCUGGAGACGAGAGUAGAGUAGCUGAUCUGAGGGCGCUGGCUUCAUCUCUGGGUGUUGCAGAUCAUGUAGACUUUCUGCUUAAUAUUCCAUUUGAAGAUCUCAAGUCACAUCUAGCUGGGGCCACAAUAGGACUACACUCCAUGUGGAAUGAACAUUUUGGCAUCGGUGUGGUAGAGUGUAUGGCAGCUGGUAACAUCAUUGUUGCCCACAACUCUGGGGGUCCUAGGAUGGACAUCGGUCCCUCACCAAGACCAGCCAACAGGGUUUUAGCUGACACCGAAGAGGGUUAUGCUGACACCAUGCUGAAAAUUCUAAGAAUGACCUCUGAAGAAAGGAUGAAGAUUAGACUCGCUGCCAGGAGUUCUGUCGAUAGAUUCUCUGAGAAGGAGUUUGAAAAAUCUUUCCUUGCAGCUUCAGAAAAACUUUUUGAUUAGUUUAUGAACAAUGUUUUAAUAAUUUAUUAUCAAAGCUAUAUAGUAAUACUUCUAUUUUUUAAGAUUUCUGUUUGUGUAAUUGACUACAGAGACCUGAUAAUUUGUCAGAGAAAUUGAUUCUUAUGGUUUUAUCGAUAAUUUCAAUUUAUAUAAA